CCUGUAUAUACUGACACCAGGCACUCCUUCAAACUCUUAUAAACACACACUGUGGAUCAGAGAUACUGUAAGUUCUUUCUUUCUGUAGAGAUGCAAGCUAAUAUUAGUAUACAUUAGUUUAAGAGGAAAUCAUAGUUUGUAAUUAUGUUUUUAUUGCAGUUAAUAACACUGAUCUGGAUUCAGUUGUUGCCUUUCUUCCCGGUACAUCAGGCGAUUCUCCAGUACGUUACAGAGCAUUACGCCUGAAUCGCAAUAUCUGCAACUAACUGCAGUUCCCAGAGAUGCGGUGGUACAGGUGGGCAGGCAACUGGACGUCGCAGCUUCAGACGCAGUCCACAGGGGAAGAGGAAGAUGAUUGCGGUGACUUUCUGUUUAAAAUCAUCCUGAUCGGUGACAGCAAUGUAGGAAAGACCUGCGUGAUUCACAGUUUUAAGUCUGGAGUCUUUGACAACCAGCAGAACACCAUCGGCGUGGACUUCACCGUUCGCACCAUGGACAUCAAUGGCAAGAAAGUAAAGAUGCAGGUGUGGGACACCGCGGGACAGGAGCGUUUCCGCACCAUCACACAGAGAUAUUACCGAAGUGCCCACGGUGCCAUGAUCGCGUACGACCUGACCCGACUACCCACAUUUCACUCUCUGCCCCACUGGAUACAGGGAGUGGAGCAGUACGGAGCCGCCAAUGUCGUCUUCGUUCUGAUAGGAAAUAAAUGUGACCUGGAGACCCAGCGGCAGGUGCUGUUUGAAGACGCGUGCACGCUCGCAGAGAAGAAAGGAGCUCUGGCAGCGCUGGAGACCUCCGCCAAACAACAUCACAACAUCGAGGAGGCCUUUGAACUGAUGGCACGAGAACUCGUAGUGCGACACGGAGGCUUGGUGCCUCAGGACAACCAAUCAGAAUCACCCAGUAUUCUUCUGCACUCGGAUUCUCAUCCAGUAGAAGAAGGGGAACAUCUGGGGAAGAAGUCAUGUGACUGCUGA